AUGGAGGGCUUCGAUGAUCUACUUUCGCAAUCUCGCAAUGCUCUGGAUAACCCCUUUGAAGACCCCUUCUUGAAAGGCAGGUCGAGCUCUCCGGACCCAUGGGCCAGCUUUGGCCAGCCGUCGGCGCUGGAGAACGAUGCGACAAAUGCGUUCCGCAGCGCAACGCCUACACUAGAUACGCAAGGUUUUGGCGACUCGACGUCAUUCCACUAUUCGGUCCCUGAGUCUGCUGUAUCUGGAUUUGGCAGCGACGACCACCACAGCACCCACGAAACGGAGCCAGAGGCAGAGACUCCGACAUCGCCGGCUUCACCAGGCUUCCGAGAAAGUAUCUCGUCGACAAUCGACGAGGUAACUCAGCCUGCGCGGGAAGAAACGCAGCCAUUGCGGGAACCGUCUCCGCCUCCUUCAGAGACACCCUCUUCGCCAACAUACCCCGCAACCGCGCCUCCGACCACAGGCCGGUUCAUUCGGCAUGUGUCACAGCCGUCUGCAGCUGCCCCGCAGCCUAUCAUACGCGCUGAGCCCACAUAUCAAACUCCUCUAGACCAGCCACUUAGUGUGGCACUGGAGCGAUCCAUCGCCGGUCUAUCUAUCGGCGGCGAGUCGCUCAAUGGGUGGCAGGGGGCGCAGAGCGCAUUCGUCGGAGCGCCGCACUCUGCUGUUCUCCCGCGUACACGCCAUGAUUCUGACUCGUCGGACGAUGACCGGCCCAUCUUGCAGUCGGCUAGGCUUGCGGCGAGCCGCAUGCCCUCGACACGAGCAGCCAGUUCGGCACGAAAUGACUCCGGGCUACAGCCUGUGUUCGUGAUCACGGUUGACGACCCGCAGAAAGUUGGCGACCCCAUUCGUGCAUACACCAUGUACACCGUUCACACCAAGACUACAUCGCCGCUUUACAGCAAGUCAUCCUUCUCCGUGCUCCGUCGCUAUUCCGACUUCCUCUGGUUGUACGAGACGCUCUCUCAGAACAAUCCGGGCGUUGUGGUGCCGCCCGCACCGGAGAAGAACCCGUACCGCCGGUUCGACGAGAAUUUUGUGCAGCAGCGGCGACUCGCGCUGGAGAAAUGCAUCCAGAAGAUGGCGAAUCACCCGGUCCUCCAGAAGGACCCGGACCUGAGGAUGUUCCUCGAGAGCGACACGUUCGCGCUGGACAUCAAGCACCGCAAGGCCGAGCUUGCGCAGGAGAAGGGUGGACUGAUGGCCACUAUCGGCCAGUCGCUUGCCGGACCCAGAUUCUACGAGUCGGACGAGUGGUUUGAUAGACAGAAAACAUAUCUCGACAGCCUAGAAGCGCAGCUACGUGGUCUCGUCAAGGCUAUCGACCUUGUCGCGAAACAUCGAGCAGAAAUGUCGACCGCGACUGGCGAAUUCGCCCAAACUGUCACCGAUCUGUCCACUUCCGACAUGGGAUCCCAACUGGUAGGAUCCUUUUCAGGGCUCGCCGACGUCGAACAGAAAGCGCAAGAGCUGCAAAGCACACAAUCUCACGAGGAUGUCGCGACGCUCAUGGCAACAGUGGACGAGUAUGCCCGGCUGAUCAACUCCGUCCGCCUUGCGUUCAGCUCGCGAAUCCGGAUGUACCACACGUGGCAGUCGGCUGACGGCCAUCUUCGGCGAGUGAAGCAAACGCAUGAGACAAAUCGCGCGACAGGCCGACUACCGUCUGAUCAACUUAGUCGCUCCCUGUCUGUGGUUGCGGACGCUGAGAGACGUGCCUUGGAGGCUAAGACAGAGUUUGACCAGGUGUCGAGGCUGGUGAAGGUAGAGGUUGCGCGAUUCGAGCAGGAACGCAUAGAAGACUUCAAGAAUUCGCUCGAGGCGUUCCUCGAAGGCAUGAUUUCGAGACAGAAACAGCUUAUCGCUGCUUGGGAGAUGUACCAGCAGAACUUGCUCAAGACGGCAACGCCAGCCAGCCAGCGACCACGCGCCGACUCUACCGCAUCCUCUGUAUCAUAGCUUUCGCAACAGUACUUUGUCACGUCGUAGUUGUCACAUUGCGGAAGAAUCGUGCUUUUAUAUUAUCGUUGAAUGCCAAAUGGAGUCUACAUGU